AUGUCCCCGUCUGCUAUCAGUAAUGGAUCCCCACGCGACUCGAUGACCUACCAGGUCAAUGGUAAUGCCACCAAUACAUCCAACGAUGCGGACUACGCCGUUCGCAACCCUCUUCCCAGCUUCAAUGGCUACGACCAUGUCACAUGGUGGGUCGGUAAUGCCAAACAGGCUGCCUCGUACUACUCCACGCUGUUUGGGAUGAAACCUCUGGCCUACCGCGGGCUCGAGACAGGCAGCCGCUUCUUCACAUCCCAUGUCGUCAGCAACGGCGAUGUCCGCUUCGUCUUCACGAGCCCGAUCCGCUCGCAUGCACAUCUGCCUGAUGACGAGCCCAUCUCGUCAGAAGAGAAGAAACUCCUCCAGGAGAUGCACGCGCACCUGGAGCGCCACGGUGACGCUGUGAAGGAUGUCGCCUUCGAGGUGGAUUCUGUCGAGGGCGUCUACACCCGCGCCGUCUCCAAGGGAGCUGAGGCCGUGCAGGAGCCCCGGACCAUAGCCGACAAGCAGUUCGGUUCCGUCACGACGGCCGUGAUCCGUACCUAUGGCGACACGACGCACACGCUCAUCAGCCGGGACAGCUACUCAGGCCCAUUUCUCCCCGGGUUCCGGGCCGCGGCCGCCUCGACCUCGACCUUGCCCUUUCCCGACGUCAAGAUGGCCCGCAUCGACCACUGCGUCGGCAACCAGGACUGGCACGCCAUGGUGGAGGCGUGCGCCUUCUACGAGCGCUGCCUUUCCUUCCACCGGUUUUGGUCCGUCGACGACAGCCAGAUCAGCACCGAGUUCAGCGCGCUCAACAGCAUCGUGAUGGCCAGCGCCAACGAGGUGGUCAAGAUGCCCAUCAACGAGCCCGCUCCGGGGAAGAAGCGGUCCCAAAUCGAAGAGUAUGUCAUCUUCAACUCGGGCGCCGGCGUGCAACACAUCGCCCUCCUGACCCCGGACAUCAUCUCCACCGUGAUGGCGCUGCGCGCGCGCGGCGUGCAGUUCAUCGACGUCCCCAGCACGUAUUACGAGACCAUGCGGCACCGCCUCAAGACCGAGAGGAGGGGCUGGGAGCUCAAGGAAGACUUCGAGACGCUGGAGAGGCUGCACAUCCUGAUUGACUACGACGAGGGUGGGUACCUCCUGCAGCUGUUCACCAAGCCCCUCAUGGACCGGCCGACGGUGUUUAUCGAGAUCAUCCAGCGCAAUGAGUUCGAUGGUUUCGGGGCAGGCAACUUUAAGAGCCUGUUUGAGGCGAUUGAGAGGGAGCAGGCCGAAAGGGGCAAUCUCUGA